AUGUCUUUCACCUCCUCCUCUUCCUCCUUUUUCUCCUGGUCCCGGACUCUCCGUGCCAUCCUCCUCCUGCAGCUCCUCCGUGUGCCGCCGUGCCUCCUCCACCCGCAGCCGUGCCACCUUCUGGCUCAGAUCGGACACACCGUGCGCGUCGGUGCGCUCCUCCCGGCGCAACGGGCGGCUCGUGUCCAGGUUCAGGCUGCACUGAGCCGCGCGGCGGCCACGAUGAACCGGGUCCGGGACACGGAACGGGACCAGGACCAGCACUCAGAGCGGGACCAGGACCCGGAGCGGGACAACUUUCUUCCGUACAAUCUGAGUCUACAGCUGGUGUCCCGGCAGCCGGCCGCGGCGGACCCGGAGUCGGUGUUCCGGUGCGUGUGUCAGGGCGUGGUGGUGACCGGAAUCUCUGCCGUGCUCGCCUUCCCGCAGAGCCGCGAGGAGCUGCUCCAGGUCGACUUCAUGUCCGCCUUCCUGGAGAUCCCCUUCAUCAGCGUCAUGGAGCACGGAGAGCCGCUCCGCACGCAGAACCGGUUCCACCUGCAGAUGGCGAUGGCGGUCCCAGAGUCCGGUCUGUCUAACUUGUUGCUGACGGUCCUAAAGCGGUCUGGUUGGAGGGAAGGAACCGUGGUUCUGUGUCGGGGCUGGGAGGAGGCCCGGGGUCUGCUGCGGCUCCUGGAGGGUGGGAGCUGGAGUGGUGCAUCAUGGGACGGCGGGGGCACCUGGCACGUGCGUGCCCUCCUGAAUCUGACGCAGUUGGCGCAUGACGACACUCAAAUCCGCGACUUCCUGUCCCGACACUUCAGACAGAACCAGCCCUCGCCGGUGUCAGUGCUGCUGUUCGGAGCCGACCCGCAGUGCACGGCAGCAGUGUUGCGCAGCGCUCAGGACCUGGGCCUCACAUUACCCAUGGUGCACUGGGUGCUGGGCCAGCCACUCAGCCCCGACGCGCUGCACGCCAUCGGGCUGCCUCUCGGUCUGUUGGCCUACGGUGAGGUGGAGAGGAAGCCGCUGGAGUUCUACGUCAGAGACGCCCUGCAGCUCGUCACCAGGGCAGUCGCCGCCGCCACGUUGGUGAGGCCGGACCUGGCUCUGAUCCAGAACAUGGUGAACUGCUACGACAAGCCCAACAAACACGAGCUGCCGUCCUCCGGACAGUACCUGUCUAGGUUCCUGUCCAACACGUCGUUCUCCGGUCUGACGGGUGCUGUCCGAGUCCUCCAGAAUCUGUCUCAAGUCAUCACCUCGCAGCGCUUCCACAUCUGGAGCCUGCGGCGGGACGCACUGGGGCAGCCGGCCUGGGUGACGGUGGGCAGCUGGGAAGCCGGCCGGCUGCAGGUGGAGGAGCAGGGAGUCUGGCGGGGAGCCAAACCUCGCCACAGGCCCGAGGAGGCGGGUGGGAGGACGCGGGGCCGCUGGAGGCCGGGCAUGCCGGUGGCGGGGAGUCGGGUCCGGGUGGUGACUCUGGUGGAACAUCCUUUUGUGUUCACGCGGGACGUGGACGACGAGGGCAGCUGCCCGGCCGGGCAGUACUGCCUGGACGCCAGCGCCAACAGCUCGGACGCGCUGGAGCGGUUCUUCAGGGAGGUGGCGGGCGGGAACGGCAGCUUCAUGCCAGCGGAGUACAGCAAGUGUUGCUACGGGUAUUGCAUCGACCUGCUGGAGAAGCUAGCCGAGGACCUGGGCUUCGAGUUCGACCUUUACAUCGUCGGGGACGGGAAGUACGGAGCGUGGAAGGGCGGGCGCUGGACGGGGCUGGUGGGGGAUCUUCUGAAUGGACUGGCAGACAUGGCCGUCACCUCGUUCAGCAUAAACUCCGCUCGAAGCCGCGUGAUCGACUUCACCUCGCCCUUCUUCUCCACCAGCCUGGGCAUCCUGGUGCGCAGUAAAGACACGGCGGCGCCCAUCGGAGCCUUCAUGUGGCCACUGCACUGGUCCAUGUGGGUUGGUAUCUUCCUGGCGCUGCACAUCACAGCGCUCUUCCUCACGUUGUACGAAUGGAAGAGCCCGUAUGGCAUGACGCCCCACGGGCGCAACCGAGUGAGGGUGUUCUCGUACUCGUCUGCUCUUAACCUGUGCUACGCCAUCCUGUUUGGACGCACCGUGUCCUCCAAGACGCCAAAGUGUUGGACGGGGCGCUUCCUGAUGAACCUGUGGGCCAUCUUCUGCCUGCUGGUGCUGUCCAGCUACACCGCCAACCUCGCCGCCGUCAUGGUUGGGGAGAAGACCUUUGAGGAGGUGUCAGGGAUCCAUGACGCCAAGCUGCACCACCCGUCUAGAGGUUUUCGUUUUGGGACAGUGAGGGAGAGCAGCGCCGAGGAUUACAUGAAAAAGAGUUUUCCGGAGAUGCACGAGUACAUGAGACGCUUCAAUGAGCCGACCACGCCUGAAGGAGUCGCAACUCUCAAGACAGAUCCUCCUCUGCUCGAUGCCUUCAUCAUGGAUAAAGCUCUGCUGGAUUACGAAGUUUCCAUUGACGCGGACUGUAAACUGGCGACAGUCGGGAAGCCGUUCGCCAUCGAAGGUUACGGGAUCGGUCUGCCUCAGAAUUCCCCUCUGACCUCCAACAUCUCAGAUUUCAUCAGCAGAUAUAAAUCUGAAGGCUACAUGGAUCUGCUGCAUGACAAAUGGUACAAAGUGGUUCCCUGUGGAAACCGCGUGUUCGCCGUCACCGAGACUCUCCAGAUGGGCAUCAGUCACUUCUCGGGGCUCUUCGUGUUGUUGUGUGUUGGCGUAGGGGGGGCAUUGCUGACUCUGGCGGGUGAACACGGUUUCUACCAACUCGUCCUGCCGCACAUCCGCCGCCGGCAGAACCUCAAGUACUGGCUGCACACGUCGCAGAAAAUCCACCGCGCUCUGAACAUGACGUAUGAAGACGUGAAGCGGCAGCGCGCUGAGAAAGAGAAAAGCUGUAACCUCGAAAAGCCCCCCCCCUCCCCGGGCCCCCCUGCCCCGCCGGCCCCUGGAGCCUCAGCCAAGUGGAACAACGAGGGCAGUAUGGACGCCGCCGCUAGGGACGCCCGAGACUUCAAACGAGUCCACUUCAACCUGGAGACCCUCAACACACGCCGCCUCCUUGCUCGCAUGGCUGCUUCUGAUGCCAAGGGAGGCGGGGCUAAGUCUGAGGGGGAGGGGCCAGCCAAGCCGAGAGCAGGGCCAAACAGCAGACUGUGUGAGAACGGAGGACCAGCGGCUUCGCUGGCCAGCCUGGUGCUCUCCCUGCCCUCCUCUGCCCGCUCCAACACCUCAGCCCUGCCCCCCGCUGUGGUGGCCCUGCCCCAGCCCGGCGAGCUGCAGAAACUGCAGGAAGAGAUCGAACAGAUGCGGGAGAAACUGAGGACGGCUCUCGCCAGGAGGGCCGAGAUCCAGACCACCCUGACCAAACCUGUUGCUACGGAGACAAACAACCCGUCUCCAGUUACCACGACGACAAUCACAACGUCAGGAGCCCAGCCCACCGCGGCCCCGGUAACGCCCUUCCCCGCCAACACAAAGUGCGUGACAACCAUGACGGACCCGCCUCACAAAGUCCUCUCCAAAGUGCGGCCCCUCCCCAGCAGACUGACCAAUCAGAGGAGGUGAUGCUCUCUGUGUCGGUCACAUGACCCUCGGCACACGGCGGCCAUUAUAAACUGUUGGAAGGGGAAAAUAAAUUCAGAUUUUAUUUAGAAAAGUUGACCACAAAGAACCUGAACGGACAAUGAGGUCAUUAUUGCAGAAAAAAAAGGGG